GCCCGUCAGCCUCCGCCCGCCCCGCAUGUCGUCGGCCUCCUCCUCCCCCGCCCCCUCGCGGUCUCCCCCCGUGGUGCCCAAGUCAAAGAUCCGCUUUUGCCCAGCUUGUGGAAGCCCGACAAAAUUGGCUAUUCCAGAUGGAGAUGAAAAGAUGAGGGCUAUCUGCUCUUCUUGUGGAAGAGUUCACUAUGAAAACCCCAAAAUGGUUGUUGGCUGCCUUGUGGAGCAUGAUAACAAAGUCCUCCUUUGCAAAAGAAAGAUUGAACCAGCUUAUGGACUUUGGACUCUUCCUGCUGGCUAUUUGGAGGUCGGAGAGUCUGCAGCAGAAGGAGCCUCCCGGGAAACAUUGGAGGAAGCAUGUGCAGAUGUAGAGAUACUCUCGCCUUUUGCUCAGUUGGAUAUUCCACUAAUUGGCCAAAGUUACAUUAUUUUCCGAGCAAGAUUGAAGACCCCCAGCUUCUCACCUGGACCUGAGUCACUAGAAUGUGCCCUUUUUGCAUUGGAUGACAUACCAUUUGAUUCUCUAGCAUUUUCUUCGAUCAUCGUCACCUUGAGAAUGUAUCUUGAAGAUGUCAAGUCUGGAAAUAUCAAAUUCCACUAUUGCACUAUAAACAAAAGGCUAGGAACUGGUGCUUCGGAUCUUCGCAGUUUUGAUAUUGAUAACCACUUAUCUGUGUGAAACUGUGAACUUGAGAAGUUUGGUGACUGAUCAUGCUAGAUGAUGAGAUUAAUUUCUGGAUACAACAGUCAUACAUCAACGCAAGAACCACAUCGAUCAUCAACUGUUCUCCAAGUGUUAAGUCUCCAUUCGAGCCUUGCAUGCCAUCUUGCCACACUGGAAUGUUUUCUAGGCGCUGGAAUUGUAAAUGUUUGGUUUCUUGAAGUGUUCUUCUAGCCUUCUAGAGAUGUUGCCCUUUUCUUGUUUUUUAAAUGGAAGGACCAAACGUUGUAAAAUGGCAUGCUGGAAGUUUCUCAGCUUGUGGUUUAGUAAUCGUGGGCUGCGUGGCCGGUUUGAUACUA